AUGGGUAAGAAAGCGAUCCAUUUUGGCGGCGGCAACAUCGGCCGUGGCUUUGUGGCGGAGUUUCUUCACACGGCCGAUUAUGAAGUCGUCUUCAUUGAUGUGAUGGAUAGCAUCAUCUCUGCCCUACAAUCCACCAAGUCUUACCAGGUGACUGAGGUCAGUGAGGAAGGGGAAACCACCAAGACCAUUACCAACUACCGUGCCAUCAACUCCAAGACCCACGAACAAGAUGUUGUCCAGGAAAUCUCCACCGCCGACAUUGUCACUUGCGCCGUGGGCCCCAAUAUCCUCAAGUUUAUUGCUCCCGUCAUCGCCAAGGGCAUUGACAUCCGAUCCACCCCCAAGCCACUCGCAGUCAUUGCCUGUGAGAAUAUGAUCGGUGGCACCGACACUCUGCACGGUUACAUCAAGGACAAGACUGACCCGGCCCGAGUCGAGUCUCUCGGCCAGCGAGCCCAAUUUGCCAACUCGGCCAUUGAUCGUAUCGUGCCUGCGCAGGCCGCCGACGCGGGACUCAACGUUCGCAUCGAGAAAUUCUACGAGUGGGUCGUCGAAAAGACUCCAUUCGCCAACGUGGGACACCCCGAGAUCGCCGCGAUUCACUGGGUUGAUGAUCUCGAGCCCUACAUUGAGCGUAAGCUGUUUACCGUCAACACCAGCCAUGCGACCGCCGCCUACUUUGGGAAAUAUGCCGGCAAGAAGACCAUCGCCGAGGCUAUGCGUGAUUCAUUUAUCAAGGGUGCCGUCCGGGAUGUCCUGAACGAGACCGCUUCACUCAUCGUUGACAAGCAUGAGAUUUCCGCCACAGAGCAGCAACGCUACGUGGAGACCAUCAUCAGCCGUAUCUCGAACCCAUACCUGGAAGACAGCGUCGAGCGCGUUGGUCGGGCCCCGAUGCGCAAGCUGGGUCGCAAGGAACGGUUCAUCGGUCCUGCCGCCCAAUUAGCGGAGCGCCACGCACGCUACGAGGCAUUGCUGGGUUCGGUGGAGAUGGCCCUGCGUUUCCAGAAUGUUGAGGGUGACGACGAGAGUGUGGAACUGGCCAAGAUCCUUAAAGAGAACUCACCUGCCGAUGCAGCUGUUCAACUGACUGGCUUGGAGCGGGAGCACCCAUUAUUCCAGCCCGUGGUGAAAGUGAUCGACCGGGUGCAGUCCGAGGCCAAGGCCCCGGGUCAGCCCCGCAUCUAA